AUGAAUUUAGAAGUGAAGUUAGAAGAUAUAAAAAUGGAGUACCAGGAGCCAAGCUGUUCCAGCUCAUCGACAAUCAGAAAUCCUUCAGGAAAGUAUGUUCGGUCCGAACAAAGAAAAAUCGUCGUGAAUCUGUACCAGAAAAUUAUUGCGGAGAAGCCGUCGAUUAAAUAUCGCAUCGUUAUGGCGAGGCUCUCUGAGAUAAGCGGUAUAGGGCUGUCCACCGUGAAGAGGAUCAUUGCCGAAUACAAGAAUACCGGCAAAGUGUCCUCGCCAAAAACAAAGCGGAAGAGACGUAACGCCAUACAGAAGCUUUCUGAUGAGGAGAAACAUCGAAUUCGCCAGAAAGUUCAUGACUUCUGGUUUCGGCGAGAAGUGCCGAAUUUGAAUAAGAUGCUCCGGGCUGUAAAUGCAGACCCCGCCCUCAACACGUAUGGAAGAACUACACUGCAUACUAUCCUGCGGAAGCUGAAUUUUCAAUUCAAGGCAAAAUCCCGAAACAGCGCUCUGAUGGAAAAGGACUACAUUGUGCUUUGGCGGCACAAAUAUCUUAGCAAGCUGGCGCAAUACAGAUCCGAAGGACGUCACAUAUAUUACUUAGACGAGACCUGGAUCAAUGCUGGCGACUGCAAAAGAGAGCUUUGGGUGGACAGCAGUGUGAAAUCAGCCAGAGAAGCCAAGGAACGGGGACUCUCCACGGACAUACCCGAGCCGACUGGCAAAGGUAAGCGUCUCAUCGUCCUCCAUAUUGGAUCGACCGAGGGCUUUGUACCUGGAGGCCUCCUGUUUUUCGAGUCUAAGGAAAAUUUGUUGGACUACCAUGACGAGAUAGACGGAGAUACCUUCUUCGAGUGGUUUCGGGGUGUCCUGCCAUCAUUGAAGGAGGGCUCCGUUAUCAUUAUGAAUAAUGCUCCUUACCAUUCGGUAAAAAUGGAGCGGUGUCCAACGAUGUGCUGGACGAAACCACAAAUAAUAGACUGGCUGGAGUCUAAAGGGCAAACCAUACCUCCACUUUCCGUGAAAGUGGAAUUAAUAGAUAUGGUGAAAAAGUUGAAGCCCCUUUACGACAAAAACGCAGUAGACGAGUACGCAAAGCAGAACGGAAAGGAAAUUUUACGUCUGCCCCCAUAUCAUUGUGAGUUAAACCCAAUGAAUAUGGUAUGGGCAAUGGUUAAAAAAUAUGUAAAAACUCAGAACACAACCUACAAAUUAGCAGAUGUCAAACAACUGCUAAUUGAAGGUAUCAAAGGUGUUUCUGUGGAAUAUUGGAAAGACUUUGUCCGUCAUACUGUGGAGGAGGAACAAAAAUUUAUUGAGCUGGAUCAGAUUGUUGAUGAAAUUAAUGACAUCAAUCUUCUGCAAAGUUCAAUUCCCGACGACGCCUCCGAAGAAAGUCAAACUGAUUCAAACGAGGAGUCUACAUAG